AUGGCCAAUAGCCACACGAGCAAUCCAACACAGACCCACACAAACAACGACCAGUCAACAGAGGAAAUGAUAACAAAUAGUCACCACCGGAUAACCAACACGAUAAGAAUUCUGCAAAUAAACGCCCAAAAGAGUAAGGCAGCCAGCUCGUUGCUUAUAAAGACUGCAAACGAUACAAACAGCGAUAUAAUAAUGAUCCAGGAACCCUACACUAUAGACAACACCAUCGUCAGGUUUGGGAACUGGAAGGUCCUCGCAGGCCACUACAACACACGGCCGAAGUGCGGGAUCCUCGUCUGCAACGACAAACUAAACAUUGCUCUCAUCCCGUGGCUUUGCUCACCCAACAUCUGCACGGCGAUGAUACACCAAGAGAACCCAAUAUACCUAUUAAGUGUGUACUUUUCACCCGAAGAAAAUGAUAAGAGCUGCAUCAACGAGCUGGUAAGUGUCACGAGCAGAAUUGACAUUAAAAACGUCAUUAUUGCUGGGGACCUGAACGCUAAAUCAGCGAUCUGGUUCCACAAUAAGGAAGAUAAAAUGGGAAGGUUGGUGGCAGAUUUUAUGGACUCAAACAAUCUUAUAUCGGUCAAUAUGACGACACACCCGACUUUUCACACUCCCCAUGCAGAGGGCUGGACGGAUGUCUGUCUGGUUUCUGCGGACCUGGGCUAUCGAAUCUCUGAAUGCGAGACGAUGCUCAUUCCGUCCGCUAGCGACCACAGAUACCUUUUGACCCAGGUGUCCGAUGUCAUAAUCGAAGAACAACAAACCAAUCACCACAAAAUGCAUACUAAUUGGGAGACGUUCCAGGAAUGUUUUAGCCAACAAUGA